AUGUCGCCUGACGCUCGGUAUCCAGAAUGGAACGAUAAAUAUUCAAUGCAGAUAAUCGUGGCGAUCGGUGGUGGCUCGUGGCGCGAGUUUUUCAAAUUCAAGGAAGGAAUGAAUGCUCAAGGAUUUAACGCUUCGCUCGAGUAUUUGGACGAAUUGUACACGGGAAAUGGAUCGAGUAAACGAGAAGCGCUCUAUUCCGCAGCUUUCAAUUUGAUUGCGUCGAUUCAGUUUCCAGAGACGUAUGUUCGAGAGAAAGCGUUGGAUAUAUUAGAACUUGCUAAUGGACUCGGCGCUGAGAUCAAGACGGAGCUUAUCCGAGGAGAAAAGACAUCGAACGGACAUGUAGCUUACUACGACGGCGAACCGAAGGUCAAGGGCGAUGUCGGCGGGGAUAAACGAACGGCAAAGAAAAAUCUCGUUUACAAGCUCUUACAGCCGCUCUGGAAAAGUCUUGACGAAAAGAAAACGCGUGAAGGAAUUGGACGAAAAUCAAGGAUUGCAAUCAGAACAAAAGACGUCCCAGAAGAGAGAAAGAGACAAUUGGCGGUUAAUUUUCCCCAGCACAAUUCUUCGACACGCAUGAGUAGUUCCACUCCGGAGAACGACCAUUCGAUGGUUAUGAGAAUGGGUCAGCUGAAGGUUGAAAAUAAAGUUCCCCACCCAGAUCGCGACAUUCAAACUCCUCCACGGCAGAUUUACCUUCAGCAGCAGCAGCAGUAUCAUCCGAUGAAUGGACCGGUUAUUGGCACUUAUCACCGGCUCCCUGACACUGAUAAACGAGCCAAAGUGAUGGACUACUUUCGUAGGUCGCCAAAUCAACCUCCAGUCAUUCAAGAUCGAUCGGAACUCCAAACUCCUGUCGGAGAAGAUCUGGACGAUGUCGGUUCCAUCGCUUCAGGGAUCAUCAGCCGGGAUCGUUUUCAAACGCCAAAGUUAGAAGUCGAAAACGCCGAAUGCACCGUGUGUACGCUCAAGCGACCAGUGUCGAUUAUUGUGCCGAUGAAUGACGUGUUUUCGAAGUGCAUUCACACGGCUAGAAUUUGCAGAAUCUGCGCGCUUGGCCAUAUUGAAAUGUUGAAGAAGCGGGAAAGCCGAUUUCCCAACCAAUGCCCGUUGUGCUAUUAUCUUGAGUUUGCAAAGCACAAUGAUAGACUCAAGGACAACUACAGGGACCUUACUGAUCGGACCGCCCCUGGAGAUCGGAGAGGGUAUGAUCCGAUGAAUCCGCUGAACGAAGAAACUGCGGAGAAUUUGACAAGAACGCAUGUAACAACAAGCAAAAACAUAUCCACGAAAUGGGCAAGUACUGAUCCUCGGAUAAGUCAGUCAGCGUCAAACCCAGCUCUCCACAAUAAAAGACCAUCUGCUAGAGCCUACAAGACGAAUAUCCAACUGCAGGAUAUUCGUAUCACUUCUCAGAAGUAA